CCCCGACGCAGUUUACGCUCUUGGGCAUUGAGCUAAUUCCGCAUCGCCCGCGGAUCCACCGCCGCUAGACGACCGGCAACUGCAGACUCCACCUCGCAUUUCAUUUCAGAACAUGGCCGCUAUCCCCAUGGUGGCGGUUGCCGCCGCGCCCGUCCCUAAGACUGGCCCCGCCUCCUCCUCGACCGAAUGCCUCAUUCCUCACCGUCUAGGCAGCAGGUGGACGACGAGCUGGACCGACCCUGUGGGCUUUGACGCCCGCGACGACAAAGAGACUAUGAGCGUGCGCAUGUGGGGCGGCCGCAGCCGAGGCAAGAAAGCCAAGACCAACUCGAAGGCGACGCUGGGCAACAGCUCGAGCGACGAGGACAAGCGUCGCUGGACGUCGCCAGCGCCAGCAUCCUCUGACGAGCGGAGACACACCUUUGGCUACGACGAUGCCCAUUCUUUACCCAAGAAAAAGCGCUACAGCUUUGUGCCGGCCCGCAUGGCGCCUGCGCCACCGCCCGAAGCCCCGCCGGCCGCGAGUGCUGAGGCGGCCCACGCUUCGGCGCUCGCCAAGCUGACAGCCUCGCCGCCUAGUGCGCCUCGCCGCUCAUCCGAACGAAACACGCGCCGUUUUAGCCUCAAGAGCUUGCCAGCUCGCCCACCUACACCAGAGGCCAUCCCCCCCGCACCCCUGCUGAGCCUCAAAGACGUCAAGGGCGGCAUGUCGUUCGCGGCCGAAGGCAGAGGCGGAAACAAACGUGGCUGGGGCGAAUACGACGCCUUCGGUGCUGUCCCCGCCAAGCUAGAAGCAGCCGACGGCCACCAAACCCCACCCAAGGCCAACCCCUUCGACGGCGGAUUCACUCCCGUCUCGCCCAAUCUCGGCGAGGAGCGCCGCGCCAAGCGCCUUAGUCGGCACGUCACGGGCGAGCGUGUUAUCCCCCCGCCCCUCCCCGCGCCUGCGGACAUGAUCGCUGCCACCAGCCCCUCAGUGGCUGAGCAGCGUGCCGAGAGGCAUCGCUCUGCCCCCGUUGGGCGGCCCGUCACUCGCACAUUGCGUCGCAAGCCCGCUCCUAAGGCCGACGAAGACCUGCUCCAGAGCGAGAGCGGGCCAAGUGGGCAGACCACUCCGCCUAGCGCUGUUGGUGGCGGGUCGGCAAGUGUCUCCAGCGAGACACGGCCAGGCGCUGCGGUUGCGCGUGGUUCUGGUGCUGGCGAGGCUACACAUGGAGCCGGGGUUGCCGCUGCUGCUGCUGCCGCGCUAGGGGCGGCGGCCUUUGCCCCAAAGUCGAUCGUCGAUAUUCGUUGCCCGUCUCCAGCAGCCUUGGGAGCGGCCGCGUUCAACACCGCGCCUGCUCCUGUAGCAGACACCCUGGUGAACGGACCUCAAAUAGAGGCCGCUUCAUCGUCUGCUACUACCCCCUCAAGCGCAGUACACACGGCGAGUCCUCUAGUAACAUCCCCUCCGGCUCCUCGCGACCCGGUGGCACAAUCUCCGCCGAGUGGAUGUGCGACCGAGGGCACUUGUCGUGACUCAACUAUGAGCCUCCAGUCCGACUCGACGAUGCCCGCAGCGGCUCACGCUCGCCAAAGCUCCGUUUCCUCGACUGGGUCACUUCACACGGCGCUCACCGGAUCCUCAGCGGCGGUAACCGCGCCAAGCUCCCCGGUGGUCGCGGCGUUCGCGCCCCCAGCUUUCUCCGAGCCCGCUGCGACAACGGCACAUCUAAAUCAGCAUCAGCAUCCUGCGCGCGCGCCAUGGCCCAUCCUCCCCGUUGUCCCCAUCUCCACCAUGCCGCCUGAACGCUCCAGACCCGUCACCCCCGUACCUUCAGCUUCUCCCAUCCUUACUUCCCUGGAAGCGCAAGUGGAUCUGGCGACUCCGCGUGCUGCUGCUGCCGCGGCUUCUGCAGCUGAGGACAGUGCGCUCCAAGACAGCGCACUUCUCCCGUCCAACGAGUCUGAGCCAAUCGCCCCCGCGCUCGCCACGGUCGCAGCCCACCACGCGCUCACGUCAGCUAUGCAGGAGACCCCCACGCGCAAAGCGCUGGCAAUCAGCACUCCGCCGCGUCGUGCGCCAAUCCCCGCCGCGUGGCAGUCGCAGGCUUCCCUCCUGGUUCCCGACGAGGAGCGGGCGAGCAGCACGACUCCGCCGGCCACGGCUGAGAGCGGAAUCUUUCCUCAACACCGGGACGAGUUUGUCGAUGCGUGCGGCCCCGAGGGGUUCGUCGUACCCCCCACUCGCAACGUCCCUGGUACUGGGACGGGCGUGGUUCUGGCAGCGACUCGAACCCACGCCCAGUCGAGCUCAACCUCAUCCUCCGAAGCACGGUUCCGGUUGAAACCGAGCGACAUUGCGCAGACUCCCCCAUACUCGCCCCCGCGCCGUGCAGCCGCCCCCAUGCCUUCAGCGUACGCCUAUGACCGUCCAGCAAACCAUGCGCGCGCCGCCGAGUCACUGCGCGCGCGCCACGGCCUGUCGCCCGAACCGCCUGAGGAGGCGCGGCACCUGCGAGUGAGCGCGUACGGCGUCCCGGAGCUGGAUUUUACGCGUACGCCGCCGCCCGAGCCGGCCGACGACGUCGAGGUCGAGGCACAAGGGCGCAGUUCGAGCGAACGUGAGGUGCUGCAAACGCCUGCGCUGGGCGGAAGCACGCACACCACCCCCACACACACAUACACACACACGCAAACCCCGCCAUCGCAGCUGUACAUACAGCCCAUCUGGCCCCGCUCACGCGGACACUCGCGCACGAGUUCAGCGUCGCGCUCGACCACGAGUGCUGCAAGCGCCGCCCCGCCCUCGGUUAGCGCUUUCACCGAUCGUCUGCCGCGCAAUUUUGAGGCGGACGGCGGCGGCGUCGAAGGCCUCUUGUCGGCGCAACACACGGGCACUACCAAGGGAGGUGGGAGCAGCAGUGGGAUGGCGACGGUCGAGAGUUCUCCGCGAGCGCCGAGCUGGAUCGACCACGCGCGCCCGCCCAAAAUUCUCGAGCUUGAGGCCGCGGUGGUUGCUGCGGCCGCCGCAGCCAGCAAGCCCUUUCCCACGGCCGGGACGGAGCGGCUGCACGACAGCAGUGAUCAGGAGGAUGCGGAGCGCGCGCGGGCUCAGGACGCGAGCACGACGCCAGCAUCGUUCAGCCGCGCAGAGCGGGAGAGCCACCACUUCAGCCUCGUCGGCACGAACGGGCCACGCGCAUGGAGCGCAAACGAAAGCACGACCGGACACGAGCGCACCACGAGCAGUAGCAACGGCCACGGUCGCGGAAACGGGAGCGCCUUCCCGCCUGCCCUGCAGCCCGUGUUCAACGCCCCGCCACCGCCGCUGCACUCGCCGAGUGCGCCACCUCCGCCUGCGAAAGACCACUUCGGAAAGUAUCCGGCUGGACAUACUUAUGCAGCCGCCGGUGCGGGGUCGGCCGCGCGCGCCACGUCGCCGCCCGCCGCAGACCCGCCCUAUCACGGCUCCCUUGGACGCGCCGCAGUGCCGCCGUUCGGCGCGAGCCGCUCCUCGCGCCCUCAAACCGCGGGCGAUGCGUCGACCUCGCAGUUCGGCUCUUUGAGCCGCUCCUCGCGCCCCAGCACUGCCGGCGCCCCAUCUUCGCACCCGUUCAACGCUGUGCGCACGCCUUCCAGCGCGGAAAAGCGCUUCGGCUCGCUCGGGCGCUCAUGGCGACCAACUGAACGAGCAACGUCCCCAAUCGAGCGCGCGACUUCGCCCCUCCGGUCCGCCUCACCCUUCACCCCGGCGCAGUGGGAGAAGCUACAGCCCAUCAAUGCGGCGCACGCGUCUACCCUUGCGCGCCUGGAGAACGCGUCGCCGACCCCGUCCCCGGCUCCAACCGAUUUCUCCCUCACACACGAAGCCCAUCCACACCCGCCGCCCAGCUUCCCCGGCGCGCGUGCGUCCCCCGAGCCGCGCCGCCGAUUCUCGUUCCGCCCCGGCACAGGGAGCGGGCGCGAGAAGCGGAAGAAGCGCUUCUCGCUCCUCCCCGAGCGCAAGAGCUUCGACAUCUCGGCGCCGGUGCCGGCCUCGGACGCGCCGCUGCCCGCUGGCGCGUGGCCCGCCGGCGGCGUCGGAAGCCGUCUCAGCGGCAUCGCGCAAACUCCACUCCCGCCCCCGCCGGCGGUCAGCGCCAUGGCGGUCGGCACGCCACGCCUCUCCAUGCAGCCCGACGCCUUGGCCGCGCCCCGCGAGCGAGAAGCCCGUGAUGCAUCAGACAUCCCAGAGCGGCCGGAGAGCGCGGCGUCACGCCGCUCCCGCCGCUGGAGCUUCAAGCCGGGCAAAAAGCAACGGCAGGGUGAGGAACAGGUGCCUCCUGUCCCCGCCCUUCCGCCUGUCCUUCCUCUGCCCAGCAGUUUCAACGAAGCGAAGGGGAUGCACCUCUUCAACGCGGAAGCAGAGCCUGAGAUGCGCGUCACGCCUCCCCAGGUCGAGGUCGAGGAGCCCAAGAAGAAGCGCGGCGGCAAAUUCAUGCGCAGCUUGCGCGGCUUGUUCAAGCAUUAA